CUUAAAGGAGAGUGUCCUAAGAUAUGAAUAUGCAAUCGACAAAACAAUUGUGAAAUUCAGAACAUCACAUGCUGAUGAUUAUAAUCUAAUGUACAUGUUAAACCGAUAAUCAGUUCUCGUGACUUAAUUAAUUAGACUUAUAUCCUAGUUGGAAUAACAUAAAAGUUUUCUUUUUCUUUGUUAUAUCGCUGUCAUAAUUAUGAGGCUUGUUUUUCCGUUGAUUUUGUGCGUUUUAUGGAGUUCGACAGCAAACGGAAACACGCCAUGUGGUGAUGGGCGUGAGUGUCCAUCAUCAUUCACCUACUGUCUGAACAACCAUCUGAUUCGGCCUUUCUUUAAGAAGACCAUUAAAAUGAAGAUUAAGGAUGACAAACCCUUCCUCUACUACAUGCAGCAAGCGGUCGAGAAGGAUAACAAGAACUUCAGGAAUUUCACAGCAACCUACUACAAGAAAUUAGGUUACUUCAUUGAAGGCGUGAACGGUCUUAUGGGCAACUGGAAAGACAACAGGACGUACUGGGAGUUCUCCAACGCAACAUUCGGGCCCCUAAACGUAGGUGUGAGUUACUACACGCCUAGCCCUGGGGACAAAGUGCUGUUGAAUUUCACCAUGGGCGCCAAGCAGGGGCUUCGAAACACUAGAACCUACAAUGGACGGGAUCCCGCCAAGUUUUAGGCAGCUACAGGUGGACAAUUGAUGAAAGCAUGGAUGAAUCUUAUAUGAAUAUAGUUGUAUACUUUAUUCAAAUGCAUAAAGGCCAUAGACCCAUGAGCAUACAUCAAUGAAAUUCAUAAUAUAUAUAACUAUAUUCAAUUAUGUCUAUAAACAGCAUGAGGGAUCUUAUCAAUAUACACAUCGUACGAUCGAUUUUUUUAGUUUAUAUUUCGGAGCAGCUAUAAUAUAUAUUUCGAAACUAACUACUUUGGUCAGUUAAGGCUUGGAGUAGAUUUGCUCAGUAAAAACUAUUCUUAAUUUAUAAAAUUUGUUUAAGAAACCUUUCACAAUUUAAUGGGACUAGACACCGGAUGAUACAAUUGUAAAAAUAAAAUUGUCAAAAAGUUGCAUUAAAUUGAUAUCUGUUUGUACAAUGCAUUGCAUCUUACUUACUGUAUCUUUCAAAGUAAUUGCGUUUUUUUUUCCAAUCCGAAAUUAACUUGGUUUUUCUACCGGGUAAACAGCAGUACAUUUUAAAAUAGCGUACGUAUAUGUAUUUGUACUAAUCGCGUGACGUCCACAUGCUAAAUAUACGCACUAUAAACUGGAACACCAAUUUGCGCUAUUAUUAAACGGGUAAACUUAGCUGAAACAGCGACGAAGUAUUCCUUUAAUCAUAAAAAUUGAUGUAUUAUCGGCCUCACACUAGUUCGUAUUGACAACUGUAAACUUGUUUUGAGGAAAUACAGUAUUUACUGACGUUGGUGCCAUCUGUUAUCUAGUCCCUUUAAAUGGUGAUAUAUAUUCCAGUGUGUGUAUACCACGUGAUAAAUUGCGUCAUAAAUGCUACGUCGGAAGGUAAUAUUUUGCUUCGAUUUAAGACCUCAAACAAUGAUAACUUUGUUGUUGUUGUUGAGUUUAUAUACAUGAUGUAGGUCUGCCCGCGCCCUAUAAUGGCUGCAUUAUGGCUUGACCCCGUCACAUCCCCAAGUGUGACUUAAACAGAAUUUUGAAGCCAAAAGGGGAGUUUUACCCCCAUCGGUUGAUGGAAUGAUAACUUUUCAUUUUCUUUACCAUUUUAAAUGAAACAUAGCGCAGUCUAUGCCUCUUACGGAGCCCCGCCUUCGGUCUUUACCAAAUUUUGAUUGAGAGUUUAGUUUCUUAUAACACUUCAACAAACCUUUUCUCGAUACGGCCGUCUGACGGAGCACUGUCAAAACAUUGUUUUGGAAACAGGUUUGUCGAAGUGUUUGAUGAAACUAAUCACCUUAUCAAACUGUGUUUAUAACACAAAGGUGGGGCUCUUUAAGCGGCAUGGAUUGCCCAAUGUUUCAUUUAAAAUGGUGUAGUAAGCGAAAAGUUAUCUUUGAUUUAAGUUUUUUUUAAGCAAAAUAUUGCCUUCCGACGUAGCAUAUAUGACGUAGUUUAUCACGUUUUAUACACACACUGUAUUCCUGAAGGUUUGAGCUACAUAAAAUAAUAGGUAGAUCAAGAAAAUAUUUAUAGUAGAAUGUAUGUGCUAUCGAAGAAUAACAAAACAUUGUGAUUUUGCUGGUAUUGACUGUAUUAUAAUACUUUGAAAUAAAACAAAAUAUUUGAAAACUAAUUCAAUUCCGAAACGAAAACUGCAAAUGAAUACAUUUGGACUGGGCUCUACUAAAUUUCUUAUGGCAUUGAUUCAAUCUUUCCAAGCGUUCAAGUUGAAAGUAAGCAUAUUCUAAAAAUUGCACAAUCGACAAUUUAAAAUGAUUGUAAAUUCAUAUCUAUGUGUACCAGUGGUGAUUAAAUAUUAAUUUCUA